AUGACCAUGUUCCUCCAAACCGCCGAGUUCAUCGUGUUCAACAAGGUCCUCACGAGCCAGUACUUCCUCUGGCCGCUGCCGUUCAUCCCCUUCCUCUCCUUCCCGUCUCUCAGCUGGACGAGGCUCGGUAUCGCCCUCGGAGCAUGGAUUGCCGCCCAGGCCCUCUGGCUCGGAUACGCGUACCGCCUCGAGUUCCUUGGUGAGCCGACUUACCUCCAGCUCUGGGGCGCUGGACUCGCCCUCCUCGGCGUGAGUGCUUGGGGUCUGGGCCAGCUCAUCCUCGGCGCGGCGCCCGCACCGACACCUCCAAUCAAGACGCUCAAGGUAGACUAA